ACGAGAGACGGACGCCGCAGUGUUUGUCAGUCCUUCGUAUGGACAUCACGUCUGACGCGGCUGAUAGUCUAUUCGCGCUCCUGGCAUUCUCGCCCGUGUCUACGCGUAAGUUUUGGCGGCAUCUAUCAACCCGUUGAACCGCGACGUGUCCCGCGUCAAAUAUCCCGUCGUCGAUGAGCCACCGGACGUGCCCGCGAUUACUCGCGAUCACUCGAUCCGACAGGUCGACACGUCCCGUCGCCGUAAUCGCCGCCGCGACGAGCAAUCAUUCGGCGAUCAAUCGGUCGAUCGAGAUGUGAAGACGCCGCAUUGGAAGCGAUGUGGCUUCCGUUGAUACUGCUCGCCUUGAUGGCGAGCGGUUCCGCGUGUCCAGAUUUAUGCGAGUGCCAUCCGAGUGCCGCCGAUAGAAAUUCGCCGGCUGUUUUACGUGUGAGGUGUGGUGGUCGUGCGCCGGGAUUGACGGAAUUGCCGAUCGAAACGGGGAGUCUGUCGGUGUACGGUGCCGAUGAGUACGAGGUGAUCGGUCUUCUUGACGAGCUCGGAGCGAGCGAGUCUACGAACGAUUUCGAAGUGAUCGGCACGCUGAACGAGCUCGAUCUAAACGGCACGAUGGACGACAACUCGGACUCAACUAACUCGACGACGAUGCUUGUUCUCCCCUACCUCGAGGAAAUGUCCCUGACGAACUGUUCGUUGGUGUUUUUGAACGCGUCGUGGCACGGUUUCGAGCGUAUACGAACGCUGAACCUGUCACGCAACAAUCUGGCACGACUGAACGACGUAUCGGUCUACCGUUUGACGAAUAUGAGCGAGCUGACAUGUUUCGACUUGUCGGACAACUCGCUGACGGACGUGAGUGUCGGGGCUUUUAGGACGCUUGCGGGAUUGGUGAGAUUGAGUUUGCGUAGGAACGAGAUAUCAUCCGUGGACGAGGACGCGUUUCAAGGAUUGAUACGGCUGGAGUUCCUCGAUUUAUCGGACAACAGGCUGACGGAUCUACCAGACAGCGCGUUGACGCCGCUUUACUCGUUGCAGAAGUUGGACCUAAGCGGGAAUCAGCUACAAGUUCUGGGCGCCAGGUGGUUCGAGAGUCUCGACAGAUUGAGGGAGCUCGACGUUUCGAGGAACGGUUUAGCGCGAGCUGCUUCCGGAACUUUGCAACCGCUUCCGGGAUUAUCGAUACUGAAACUCUCGGAAAAUCCUCUUAAAGAAAAGGACGUCUCCCUGCUCCUGGGUACUGGCAGGCGUUUAGAAACGGUCGAUGCCUCCCGCACCGGUUUGGUCCGAGUCCCAGCCGCGCUAACGAGAUCCGUGCGCGCCCUCAGACUAGCCGGGAAUAAGUUAACCGCGAUACGCGGCGGCGACUUGGACAGUUACCCACUUCUACGGAUACUGGAUAUUUCGGAGAAUCGACUAAUGGACAUCGAGGACGAUGCACUCGGUCGUUUGGAGGUUCUCGAGGAAUUGGACAUUUCUGGUAACGCGCUCGUCAAGGUACCCGGAAGUCUUCCGAGCAGUUUGACGAAUUUGAAGCUUCAACGGAACGUGAUAACGGCGUUGAAAAUCGACGAUCUUCAAGGACUGUUCAAUCUGAAGACGUUGACGUUGAACGAUAACAACAUCAUCGAGAUCGAGGUCGGGGCACUUGGUCAAUUACCUGAACUCGAAGAACUAGAUCUGUCCGAUAACCCCAUUAAAACGUUGCCGGCUAACGCUCUGAGUGGACCAAGUAACCUCUGCAAGCUUCGUAUGUCGGGACUGACCUCGCUAAAACGGAAGCAGGAAGAGCAAACCGACAUGACCUUCCCGGUACCGACGCCAGAAAAGCUCGUGCUCCUCGACGUAUCGAGGAGUCCCGCGUUGGCCGAACAGCUUUUAGCGGACGACGCCGCACUGUCCGCCUGCAAGAGCCUGAUCGAACUGAACCUCUCACGAGCCAACCUCACCGCACUCAGAUUCGAUCUGCCUUACAUGCUCCCGCAACUGCGUACCCUGGACUUAGGCGGAAAUUAUUGGAAUUGCACGGAGGAGCUAUAUUGGCUCGGUGAAUGGCUGCGACAGCACCAGCAACUGGAUAAAGACGUUGAACCGGGUCAAUGCGAUACUCCCAGGGAAUUGUCAGGGUCGUUCCUACGCGAAUUACCAUCACCGCCGAGUCCUCCUCCUAUUACGGUGCCAACCACAACACCUACCGCUUCGACGUUAUCGAUUCCGGCGCCGGUCGAGCGUGCAUCUCAUUUUAAUAAACUGAACGCGUCUUCCAACGUCACCGACGUCAACGUGGCCAAAGUACUCGCCAACCACAUCGAUGAAUCCAUUAACGCGAACGAUACCAAGCAGUCCGUGUACAUAGGUUCGAAUCGAAUCGAUAGUUACCGCGACACCGGCAACGACUUCGCCAAAAAUAAAACGAGCCGCGUUUCAGCGAACAGCACGUUGAAUAAUGAAACGCAGUUUCGAGAGCCGCCCACCUCGCGCCGAGUCGCAGCCGCCGCCGUAACGACGUCAACCUCGGAGCGGAAAGGUGGAAGAAAUUUCAGCAAGAAAGUUAUCGAACUUGAUCAGAUCUCGGCGAAGAUUAAAAAUUCAAUUAUAGACGUCGCCGGGCCGUCCGAUAGGAAGCGAACGGGCGGGGGCGAACCGUCAAUUAUUCGAAUAGAAGACAAUUCGGAUUCGGGAACUUUUGAUAACCGUAUAGAUGAUAAGAAGCAGAAGAGUAAAGGGUCGGGUAAAGCUGGCGCGUCGUCGACGAGGAUCGGUGCCCUCCUCUCCUCGUCGUCGAAGCUAUCAUCGAAGCAGCUCGCGUCAGUGAGAGGAGAGACGAUUGCCGAAAAGAAGACGACCGACGAGAAGUACUCGAAGAAACUGAACAAUCUGACAAAAGGAGAGGAGUCGGACUCGCCGGAGCCAGGGAACAGUCCCAAUUCAAAUACGAUAGCGGAGGAAUUGAAUAGCAGAGCGACCGAUUCCGACGCCCGGAUCUCCGAGGCUUUGUCCGCCGGCGCUCAUCCAGGAAUGUUGGUGCUCGCCGGUGCCGCUCUCGGUGCCGCAGCUGCGCUGACGGUGGUGCUGUCGCGAAGAGCCACCGUGCGCCGGAGGGAUAGGUAUCAUCGCCAUGAGAACAUCGAGGUGCACACGCUGACACCGACCACCGAACUUUGGUGACCAGAGUCUGAAUACUCCCGAUUAUACGACGGAGAUAAGCGGCUAGACGCCGGGGAACGUGGCCAAAUUUUGUCAAUAUUAUCUCAACGACUGUCGGAGACGCGGCUAACGAACCUUUGCCACUCUUCGAGGAAGGCGUAAAAUCGGACUAUUUUGUGAACGGGACUUGAUAUUUGUAUUAUGAUCGUUACCCGAGUGAUGACAUGCUUAGAGAGAACGGAACUCGGUACAGAAUCAAAACUCUUUCAAUAAAACAUUAAGAAAAAAAUUCGAUUUCUGAUUGUCAACGCUUUUUGGUGACAAAUUAUUCGACAACGGUUGUACGAAAUAAGUGAUCGAAAUGUACAAAGCUCGAAUGGAUCGCCUCUAGAAAUCUGAAGUACACCAGUUCCCGUAUAAGCACAGGAGUUCGGCUUUGUCCGUCGCACGGAAGAAAUUCAGCGAAGGAAAUCGCUGGAUGAAAUCUUACGGAGUCGGAGCAGAAGAGGACAUCAAUCGAUACGAAUCUCGAUCGAGCGAAUAUACAGCUCGAUUACAAGUUUAAGGAAAACAGUUUUCGACCGAAAUACUCACUGAACGGAAACUGUUUAUUUUAAAAGGACUGGGACGGGAUGAAAUUACAAUCGUGAUCAAGAAACCGUUCGUAUCUUUCGGUAGCGCUGUGCAGACUGAACACACACACACACACAUACAGAGAAAGGCAAAUCGCAAGUGGCAAUAAUUUAAAAAGAACAAAAAAAAAAAAAUGAAAAACGCAGUGUCUCGGCACUGCAUCGAUCUCAGGCGAUCGGAACGUUUAAUAGCACACAGUGACAAUAAUAAUUGUAACGUGCCGCGUUUCUGAAAUGGGACUUUUUUCUCGUCGUACGUAACGUUUAGAACGCUUCCGUGAUUGGGCUUAGGAAAGUGUGGCUGUAGGACUAGAUACAGGCAGAAGGACAUGGUGAGAAAGAGAAGAAGUUUCGUAGGGGUGAGAAAAGAAAUUAGUGGAGCACGAGAAACAUGUUGGCGUGAAAUUCGCAGUGACGAGUCUUACGUUUGAAUGACAGUGGUAGACGGGAAGCGAGGACGAUUGGUGUCCGGAACAACUUUUAUCGAACAGUGCGAGAUCGAAUGAAAAGAGAAAGGCGAAGGAGUAAGUGCAGACUUUUGGGGAAGUCUUGGGGGAGAAAGUAUGCGAGAAACGAAGGCAGAGAAUUAAAGAGUAACAGAGUGUGUGUAAGAGAGAGAGAGAGAGAGAGAGAGAAAGAGCGAAUUAAAAUGAGAGUAAAAGAGUGUGAGAAUGAGUGAGAGAGAGAGAAAUGAUCGCGAGGUGGAACUCACCUCUCAACGGGGCGGUAACACCGAGUGUACAGAAACGUAGCUUCCGAACUUAAUUCUGGCGGCUUGGCCAGUUGCCAAGGCUCCUUAACAAACAGUAAGAAACAGAGGAUAAGAGUGGAAAGAGAGCAGAUAAGAAAUAACGAAGAGGCUAGACAUUAUCUUUCUUAAAAUAACCAGUGUCAAAGUACCGCUAUGAUAAUAAACCGAUGUACAAAGAUGCAA